AUGAGUAAUAGAAUGCCAGGGCUCAACAAAAUUAUUGGCCAUCAGUCCUUGAACUCCAGUAAAACAGAGAAAUCAGAAAAAUGGAACUGGCCAGGUUGGUUUAGGAAAAGGAAGUCUACUCACAGUUCAAGCCAUUUAGUCCUAAGUGCAAGCAGUGUUGUGCCCCGUGAAUAUGAAGAAGGCAUGCCUAGUCAUUCACAAGGUGAGGACACAAUUUGCUACAAUUGUUCUUCUUCUGUUCCAUCAAAAACUCCAUUGUGUGCUGCAGGUCUAGUCAGCAAUGGACAUAGUCGAGAUCAGAUGGAGACAAUGGAAGAUAUCGUUCAAGAUGAUUUGGUAUGUCUUCUUUGUCUUCAGGUCCCUAAUGAGUGGUUCACCAUAGAAACCUGUGGUUGUAAGUUUUGUCAGCAGUGCAUGGAAAUGUAUGCUCAUUGUAGCAUAAGAAGUGGAAAUGUCCCUAUAAGUUGCCCAGAUGCCCACUGUUCUUUAAAUGAUCAAAGCAAAAAUAAGCAGGGAGGGUCCAGCCAACUAUCACGCAAUGAAGUAAGGCAACUGGUGCCAAAUGAUGUUUUCCCACUGUACUUGAGACUGCAACUGAACACUGAGGUCGCAGUAGAUCCCAGGUUGAUGUGGUGCCCACGGCCUGGUUGUGAAACCGUAUGUACUUUAACCGAAGACGUGUCUGAAAAAAAGACAAAGCGAAAGUUUUUGGGCAUGUUUGCUAUUUCUCGCGAUCAACGCAACCAAGCAGUAGUCUGCUCCUCCUGUCAAUUUUCAUUCUGCUCCCAAUGCAAAACUCCUUGGCAUAUCGACACACCAUGUCCAUCCCUUAGCCGACUUCUGUCAGAUCCCAACAAAAACGCUCAGGAUCCGGACGACCCGAUCGUGUUGCUAGAACGUGAUGGUUACAUUAAGCGAUGCCCAUUUUGCCAGGUACCAAUAGAAAGGGACGAUGGAUGCGCCCAGAUGAUGUGCAAAAACUGCCGACACGUUUUCUGUUGGUUUUGCUUAGCUUCUCUCGACGACGAUUUUAUGUUGCGACAUUACGACUCAGGCCCGUGUCGUAGUCGUUUGGGUCAUUCAAGAAUCUCGGUUGUCUGGCAUCGGACUCAGGUGGUUUCAGCAUUUUUAGGACUUGGAGUUUUGUUUCUUGUGACUUCGCCUCUACUUCUGUUAGCUUCGCCGUGUUUUUUCUGUUGGCGCCAUCAUUCCCAGCAGACAGAUGCAUCGUCAGUUCGCAGCAAUUUAGAUUCUACCACUGCCAAAUUUGUCCCAUCAUCCACGCAAGAGCAUCUUUGACGAUUUCUUCUUUUUCGGAACGAGGAAAAUUAAGAAAUAUCGACUGGUGACAAACAUUUUUUUUUCCAAUAUGUUUGGUUCGUUCAACAAUUAAUCUUUUUGACUUUUCGUCCAUAAGUAUAAUUAUGUUAUGUGUCGAUAGUAGGGUUUUGAACAGUGAUACGUACCUUUUGACGUGCUCAAUUCCUAGCGUGAUUUGUGCCGGAUUUAUACCGACACUUGAUUUCUCAUAAAUUUGUUCGUGCAAAGUUUUGCUUAUCAUUGCCAUUAUGUAUGACGCUGUGCAAAAUUAAUCAAGAUUAAAAUAAACGAAUGCUGGUUCUA